AUGAUUGCUUGCAGCUUUGGAAUCGUGCUUCUUGAGUUGCUGAGCGGAAAAUCAACCCAUGCAAUGAAGAGGGUGGAGGAGUAUGAGCUAGAGGAGCUGAGGGACAGCAAGAUGCCAGUGGUCACUGAGGAGGCCUUAGUGGACUUUGCUGACCUGGCUCUGGACUGCAUCAAGUCUCCCGGCACACGGCGACCCACCAUGAAGGAUGUGGCAUACCGCCUCACUGCCUUCAUUGCCAAGCACUGCCCCGACAGGGAGGACGAGUGGGAAAGUGUCGCGAGAGACGACAGUGCAAGCAACGAGGGUGUGUCUUCCAGGGAUGUUUCUGGUUUGUCGUUUGGAGAUGGUGGGAGGGAGCCCAAGGGGUCUUAUGGCUCACAGUCUGGUGUGAGCUCAUUCUUGCUUGGCUCGAUGGGUGAUGGCAUCCGGAGUUGGCUGCAAUCGAAGCCAACCAAAGGGCGUUGA